AGUAAGUCAUCUUUACACGAACUUUGAUUGACGACGUCCACUUAAGCUUUAGAGACACAAGUCUACGCCACCAGCGGAACAAACGUGGAGAGUUGCCCUAUGCGAUGCCAUAUUAUCGGACCAAUGGUGUCUGUCGUACAAAAACGAAUCCGUAAUUGCCGGCCAGCAAUUACGCCUUAUUUACCACAGUGUCGGUAUCAACUUCUCUGUCUGAAAAUAUGGACUUGAAGACAGUCUUUCGUUUGAUCAUACUCGAUCCUCGCUCGAUUUUGCAAAGGUUGCCCAAGUUGACAACUAGCGUUGGUUCUGGCCCAAAUGAACAGCAAACCUGGCCGCUUCGACCCAUCAGAACAUCGGCUUCUUCAUCCGAGAAUCGAUAACUACUGCUUUUUCACAGUUAUAGUUUCAAGUUGUUGUCAGCAAAUAGCCAUUCAAGUCGGAUUGAAUUUCAUGUAUCGGGUAAUCGGGUUUCUCGAGAAAGGUUGGAGUGCAAAAGGCAAAAAGCAACACAACCAGCGUAAAUGUGGCUUGGUCAUAUCGACACAGUCACAACCCAAGCUUGCUACAGAGACAGAUAUUCGACCUUCGACACAGACUGCCAGCUUCAAGGGACUCUCAUUCGAUACAUCGUUGUUUGGUCGAAUCAUUCUACUCCGUAUCAAAUGCAGAGAUGCUGUUGAGUGCAACUCGGUGUUGAGAACCUUGAUGGUCUGCAUUGAUAAGGCCAUUUUGGGAGUGUCUCAGGGACCCGGAUGGCCAACCUUGAUGGCCCAGCGUCUCACACAAAAUCAGUCUCCGCCAUCGCCAUCCCGCCAACCAUCACCCGCGAUGUUGCUUGGAAUGAGCGAGAUAGCCAGCGCAUCCACGGACUACGGACAGGUCAGGCGGCAGGACUCAGCAUAUCGACGACUCGCAACGGAUGCUGAGGGACCGGGUGGUUUGAUGAGCCAAUUUUCCCCAGCCAGUUCGCACUAUCAUUCCCACCAGGGGAAUGCCGUCUCUCCCUUCCACCGCCAUUCUGAGGCCCCUGAGGUAGAGAGAUGGUUGAAGGCAUAAAAGGAGCCGCUCAUCCUAUCUUCCUCUUUCGAGCUCCUUUUCUGUCAUCUCUUCAUUCGAAUGCCCGCAACACCGUCAAGUUGGCCGCUUUGAGGGCCGAAGCAAAUCGACCAAGGUAUGCGACGAUAACCCGAGUUGAGGAGACCGGGGAGAACGGGAAGACAAAGAAAACCUGCACACUGUAUCGAUCAGUCAGACUCUGCUUCUCGUCUCUCCUGCCAUCUGAUGAUUACCUCUCGGGUCCCGGCUCGCCCUCAGGCAGGGCAAUACUCCUCAGCGAAACCCCCACGACUCCCUUCACCUCGAGCCCG